AUGCAUGGUGACGAUAUAAUUAAUGGCCACACAGCGGAUAUUUUCGGUUGGUUAAUUGGCCUAUUGCAAGCUAGGCUAGAAGCUUGGAAUCGUUUGGAACCAGCUAUUGGCUUAUUUCUACUUGAAAUGCCUGCAUAUUGGCUGGGCGAUGGCAUGAUGUGGCUUGAUGAUCACUCUUACAGGCACCGUGCUAAUGGAUUUUGGGAUAAGGCUGAUAGUUGGAGAGGAAAUUGGAGUUGGAGGUCUCAAGAGAUGGAAGAGAAUGAUUGGAGAAGUGAAUUAUCGACAGAAUGGCGUCAAGGUGUUGUUAAUGAUCUCGUGGAGGCAGUAAAGCAGACUGUCAAACCUUCUCUUCUGGAAGCGACAUUACCGAGUAUACAGAAGUUGGCUGUAAAGUUUGAGGAAAAAGUUUACUCACUUGCCAAAGACAAGAGGUCAUAUCAAAGCAGGAUAGCAACGAAGUACAGGGAAAUAAAGAGAAGUUCUAACGCUACAGUGUCUAGUCCUUCUUCGACCUCUUCAUUCUCUACUGAAAUUCCUUCAGAUCCAGAAGCUCAGAAUAGUCAAUUCCAAGUUCACAAACAAGAUCAAUCAUUUACUAUCCAUCAUACUGGAUUGGCAAACCAGCAUCAAGCAGCCCAACAGAAUUUGCAAAUGAACUUUGAGAACAAGGUAACUUCUGCUCCUGAAAUGCUUGGCUUGGCCAACUUACCAUUUACAAGGCCUACCGACUGUGGUUUAACUCAGGCCCCAAAGCCAAAUGUUAGCCUGAAUAGGAGCUUGAAAGAUUCACCUGGUGGAAGACUACAUUUACCACAGGCUAUUGCUCAGCAGAAUCCAGAAGAAUUUCCGAAUUUUCAGCAAUGCUCCUGCCCAGAGCUUCAAUCCUCAACACUUUCCAUGGUCAAGAGAGAUCCACAAACAGUCCCUACACAGCAGCAACAGACACCAAAAGCUCCUUCUGCACUUUACAAUCCGCCAUCCAUGGUUGAGCAGCCGAAGGGACAAAAACCAGUUGUCUCUGAUGCAAGGCAAAAUCAAUUAAUUGCGCAAGAAAGCAGCGUCCCUGAUCUGCAGCAUCAUCAGCAGACCAAUUUACCAUGCACGCGCAAUGAUUUUCAAAGUUUGCAGUCAUGGUCACAGACACCAGAGCAGAAAUUGUUGUCUCAGUCACAGCCAUCAACAGUUCAACGUAUUCUAAAUUUGUCACAACAAGAUAAAGAGCAACGAUCUCAAACAUCAGGAACCAUAAAAUCCACGUCUGUGAUGGAGCAAGAGGAGGCCUAUCAGCAGGCUGAAUCUUCAAGGAGUAGGUACAUAGUGGAACUAAGAGAGAUGACCCAAAGGGCGAUUAAUUUGCUUCAACAGCAUGAUUCUCAUCAGGAUGCAAAACUGAAAUUGGGUCAAGCGAUGAAGUAUCUAGUUGAUCCCAAUUGCAACAAAUCUACUGAGAAGUUAGAUCUGAUUAAGAAACAGAUAAAUUGUGUCUUUCAGUCGACAAUGCCGAGAAAACCAGCCGCUUCACUUCUCCACAGACAACUUACUCCUAAUUUGUACGCAUCCCAGAAGUCUCUGCAGCCACUUCCUCAAAUUCCUCGAGCAAUCAUACCUGAGGAUCAACAGAAACCACCAUCGCAAUCGAUGAACCCACAGAGUUCUGCAAUAACUCUGCAGAACAGCAACACGACAAAUUUAGGGGAUGAUCCGAUGCAGCAUUCAUCUGAGCCAAAGCAGCAAGUUUUCAUGGGGUUUGGACAGCCGCCAUUAAGCACUCUUCAACAGCCAAACGGUAACGACUUGCUGUCACAAAACCACAGGAAUGAACAAGGAGUAAAAGUGAAUUCCCGAAGAAGUUCUUCUGUAGCUCAACCUAUGCCUCCAAGGCAAAAGAAGCCCCUGCACCAUGCACCAGCACAUAAGAAGAGGCAAGAAUCUCAACAGCGCCAAAUGCAGCAGCAAUUAAUCAGGGGAAAUCAAGAAGUUCCGAAGCAGCUGCAGCAGGAUCACGAAAUGCCAUUUCAGUUCGGUGAAGUAAAUGAUGUGAACAUGACACAAGGAAUAGAACAUGAAACAUCGCUACAUCAGAGACCUGAAGUGAAUAACUUGAAAUUUAGACAAGCGACAGCUGUUCAAUCAGGAGUUCCUCAACGUGAAUCGGUUAGCCAGCAUCAGCAUCUGAAAACUGGAGUUCCAUUUGAAUUUCAGGCUGCACCUGUCCAGUUACCUCAACAUCCUCCUCUGACCAACCAGUAUAAGCUGCUGCUGUCGCAUACAAAAGUUGGAUCCUCUUCUCAUUCUGUAAAUUCACUGCCUGGGUUUUCAGCGAAUUUCGUUUCUAAUGAUUCAUCAUACUUGAACACUGGUAAGACUGAACAUGAACCUGUAACUGACGUAGUGGAAUCGAUCACACACUUUGCCACUGGCACUGCUGAUAUAGCAGCCUCACCAUCAACAAAAUAUGUGAAAAUGCAGAUCGCUGUGGUUUUGGUGCUUCAACCAUCAAUUUUGGAGAAUCAAGUGAACUCAAUUUCAUCGAAAGCAUUAAGUGCUUCUGUAAGUGAGAUUGGAGCAGUAGUCAAUCUGGCCGAUGAUAUGGCAGGAGCAGCACCAGUUCAUGGAUCAAAAGGCUCAGUUCGUGAAGAUUUUGGAGCCACAAGUAAGACUAACCCACUUUCAAAAUACUUUUCCAUGGAUUGUGAUACAUUUGGAGUGAGAAAAAUGAAUCGUUCAACAAAUGCAGUUCCCUUGAAUGAAAAGACAACAGCUUGCCAGAGGAAAACUGACUCGGGGUCAACUACAUUUUGCCAUAUCAAAAACCCUAAGGUUCAGGUAACUCGUCGUACUCUGCUAAAGGAGAUAGAGGAGAUAAAUCAGCAACUCAUAGACACUGUAAUAGAUAUCAGUGAUGACCAAACUGACUCAACUGCAGUCAGAACACAUUGUGGAGGAAUCGUUAUCAAGUGCUCAUUCAUUGCUGUGUCCAUCAGUCCAAACCUCAGCUCGAAGGAGGAUUACACUCAAAUUAAAAAGAUUCCGCCUUUACAAUUGCUUAUCCCCAACAAUUACCCUUAUCGCUCACCCAUAGUUCUAGAAAGGUUGCCAGGGGAAGUCAGGGAAAAGCAUGAAGAUUUUUCAGUGAAGGCAAGGGUAAAGCUCAACUUGCAUCUCAGAAAUCUAUUGCAACCCAUGUCGAUUGGGGAGAUAGCGAGGACUUGGGAUAGUUGUGUUCGGGGAGUUAUUACUGAGUAUGCGGUGAAGAAUGGAGGAGGGAAUAUUUUCUCAAAAUAUGGAACUUGGGAGAAUUGCUUCUGUACCCCAUGA